CAUCCACACUUGUUGAUAACAAUUUAAUCCAACAUUUAUACAAUACACUUGUUGACUAUUUUCCAAUGAAAUUCACUUUGAUAUUCAUUAAUGUACUCUUCACCCUUCACUCAAUCACUACUUAUUCUCUUCCUUUUGUUGUCUUUCAUGGAAUAGCAGAUAAAUGUAGCAAUGGAGGAAUCACACAUUUCACCGAGCUUUUAAGCAACUGGUCAGGCUCUUCAGGACAUUGCAUAGAAAUUGGUAAUGGAGAGUGGGACUCCUGGUUUAUGCCUUUUCCCAAGCAGAUAGACAUUGCUUGCCAGAAGUUAAAGAAAAUGAGUGAGCUUAGUGAAGGUUACAACAUAAUCGGGCUCUCCCAGGGGAAUAUGGUUGGUAGAGGGGUUAUUGAGUUCUGUGAUGAUGGACCUCCGGUGAGGAAUCUUAUAUCUCUAGCUGGUCCUCAUGCUGGAAUUGCUUCUAUUCCCUUCUGUGGUUCAGGUAUCUGGUGCAUUCUUGAAGACUCUUUGCUCAAGUUAGCAAUUUACAGCAAUUUUAUCCAGGCACAUCUUGCUCCUGCAGGUUACAUAAAAAUCCCAACUGACAUAGCUAACUAUAGAAAAGGAUGUAAGUUCCUUCCAGUACUCAACAAUGAGGUACACAGAAACUCUACUUACAAGAAAAGGUUUGCAAGCUUGGAAAAUUUAAUACUUAUUAUGUUUGAAAAAGAUGAAAUUUUGGUACCAAAGCAGACCUCAUGGUUUGGGUACUAUCCUGAUGGUUCCUUCAGCACUGUUUUGCCUGCUCAGAAGACAAAGCUGUAUACAGAAGACUGGAUUGGUCUAAGGAUGUUGGAUGAAGCUGGAAAAGUGAAGUUGUUGAAAGUAUGUGGAAGUCAUCUUGAAAUAUCUACUAGUGAAAUGAAGAAAAACAUACUACCAUACUUGCUGGAUGAUGUAUCUACUACAGUGACCCAAUCAAGAUCAUCUAGUCUAUUUUGGCCUUCGUCUUUCAACGAUGGUGUUGUGGAAGAAGAAAUUCUCCUGCUGAAUCCGAAUCAGUUAGCUUAAGAUCAUGGAAAUUUUAGUUUAUAAACUAUAGAUUCUAGCUAGUCUUUUCACUUCUUCCCACAACCUGAUU